AUGCCUGUCCCUGUGUUCCCUAUAUCUACCGAUCACCUGUCUUUCCGUGACUUCCUAGCGGCGCGAGAGCCUGCAAGAUACCCGGCUCCGGCGACGCGUCUGACUGAUGCUCUUCGUCGUCUGAACCUCGACUCUCCCCCUCCUUCUCCGAACGGCUCCUACUUUCGGGCACCUCACUCGCCGUCUCUAUCAUGGUUGGACGACCACAAAGUUCCAUUUGACCUCGAGAAACUCGUCACCCGGUCCACCUCGAGCAUCGGGUCCGACUCUGACGACGACGGCCGACUGACAUCAUACGAAGCGUUUUGCGACGCCCGAUCCCGGGUAAUACGCUUCUUUGAUCUCCAGUGUUCGACGUCAGCAGCAUUAUCGGUAUUUUCUGGUGCUUCAUCCAGCGGUCAUCCAGUCCCUCGUCCCGCCGCACUGUGGGCGAGCAAGAGUGUCCGUGAGCCCGGGAGUCUGUUCGCAGUCUAUGCGACGCAUGAAGAGGCUCGCACCGCGCUUUUCUCUCCGUGCUAUUCCUUCUCCGUCGCGCCUGCCCUAGAAUCAGACAUCCAGCCCCCCUUCCAAUUACGGCGAGUCGACCUCAACAACCUCAUUUCGCCGGCGCGUGAAAAUUUUGACUCGUCUUCAGACAUCUCCAGGCAGAAACCUCUCUGCGAUAUUCCCUCCACAUACAUUGGUAUUGGCCCACCCUGCAUCGACUUGACUUUUCUGCGUAUGGGCGGGCGCGACACCUCCGAUCCCCUCUUGCAUAGUGCCGCGGUGGGGCCUUACACCAUCUCGAGCAACCCACCAAAUCCCAAAACCAGCUUCAGGUUAGGGGAUUGGAUUUGUACUGUGGCGAGCUGUGCGGCGCACAACUUCGGCCGCAACGUUUCUUGCAUAGGAUGCGGGCGUUCUCGCUCCGAGGGUCCUCCGUCUCUGACGCAGCAUAGGAGCGCGUCGUUGGACUUUUCCCAAGUCAACCACAUGUCCCCUCGGUUUUCCUCGCCGUCUGUCCCCCGCGACCAGCUCUCCCGACCGCCAUUCCCGCGCAUUAUGACAUCCAACCUGCCACCCGUCAAUCCUGCUCCGACGAGCGCACCGCCCAUUCCUUCGCUCAAGUCUGCUUCGCCCUAUACGCCGCUGACGCCGUCUGGCCGCGCUCUGAGCAUCGGUGGGCACGUGCAGAACGUGUCGAAGGACCCUCUCGCGCCGUGCAUCAUCUAUUGGCCAGAUAAUGAGGCUUUGCCGGAGCAGGGCCAGAUUCGGCCUUCAGGAUCGGCCGUAAUAACGUAUCCCCCAAUCAUCAACACAGGCAACAAGGGCGCUGCAGAGAAGCAGCCUGGAGACUGGAUUUGUCACAAGUGUCAUUACCUCAAUUGGCGCCGAAGGAAGGUCUGCCAGACGUGCUUCCCUUAUGCCGAGGGCAAUGGCGACUCGAUUUCCGCCGCCGUGCAGGCCGAGCGCAUCGCCCUUCUCGAAAGCGUGCUUGCAAACCAGGCUCAGGCCUGCGGGGGCGCCCACGCGCACCCCCAUGAGCGAUGGCACUCGGUCGACUCCCCUGCCAGAGCGCCCGCCGCGCCGUACUCAGAGGCGGAGGUGCCGCCGUACCUCCGGAUAGUGCCGCGCGGCGACUCGCUGCCGUCGUACGAGCUCUUCAACGCGGGCGACUCGCCUUCGCGCCCGAUCUACCAGACGCACGGGCGCCCGGUGGGCGGGGCGCGGCCGUUCCCGUUUGCGUGUGCGCCGCCGUUCCCGCCUGGCGCGGACGCGGAGCAGAGCAUGACGCUGCUCCCGUCGUUCCUGCAGGACAUCGUGCAGUCUCCGUCGCUGUCGCCCACGACGACGUCGUCGUCGGCGGAGCUCUCGCUCGAGGACUCUGUUGCGCCGCUGCAGCCGACGCCGCGGGCGUACAACGCGGGCGCGACGGGGUUCGGGCUGCGCCGCGGCAGCAUCUGGAAGCUGGACGGCGAGGAGAGCAGGCACCUCGCGGUGUACUCUGCGUCUACGUCUUCUGCCUCUUCCCCAGCUGGUCCUGGGCGGGAGGGCGGUCGCUCUCGGUAA